AUGGCCGUCGAAAGAAUCAGCUCAAUUGUUAAGCAUUUGUCUCCUGGUGCAUCAGGAUUGUCUGCAAUUACCUCUAAAAAUGCCGAUGAUAUUGUUAUCACACUUGCAGUUCGCACACCAUUAGCAAAGGCUUACAAGGGAGGAUUUAAGGACACACAGCUCGAUUACCUUGUGUACUCUCUUCUCCAGAAAGUCCGGGAGAAGUCCAACCUCGACCCAGCUCUCGUGGAAGAUGUCUGCUGUGGAAAUGUAAGCGAUGGCCAUGCUGCCUACAAAGUCCGCGCCGCUGUCUUAGCAGCAGGAUUCCCAAACACCACCGCCGCCUCCAUUGUAAACCGAUUCUGCUCCUCCGGUCUCAAAGCUACCCAAGAUAUCGCCAAUCAAAUUGCCGAGGGCUCCAUUGACAUUGGUAUUGCUAUGGGUGCAGAAAUGAUGUCCGUUGGAGGGGAUAAACUCGAAGGUUCUUUCCACCCUGAGGUUCUUAAGUGCCAAGAAGCUGCAGAUUGUAUGCAACCCAUGGGACAAACAUCAGAGAAUGUAGGAAAGGACUUCAAUAUUUCUCGUGAACAACAAGAUAGAUAUGCGGCGGAAAGUUUCAACCGUGCUGAGCUUGCUCAGAAAGCCGGAUGGUUCGAUGAUGAGAUUGUGCCAAUUGUUACAGAAGUUAAGGAUCCAAAGACUGGAGAAGUCAAGAAGGUUACUUUGACUAGAGAUGAAGGUCCAAGAUAUGGAACUACUUUCGAAAGUUUGAACAAGAUCAGACCAGCUUUCCCGCAGUUUGGUGAUAAAUCAACUGGUGGAAAUUCUAGCCAGGUCACCGAUGGUGCCGCUGCCGUUCUCCUCAUGAAGCGUUCCCGCGCCAUUGAACUUGGUCAGCCAAUCCUCGCCAAGUUCGUUGGAGCCACCGUAGCAGGUCUCGCUCCAAGAAUCAUGGGUGUUGGCCCAACUAUCGCCAUCCCAAAGCUCCUCAGCAAAUAUAACAUCACAAUUGACGAUUGCGACAUCAUCGAAGUCAACGAAGCAUUUGCUUCUAUGGCUGUAUACUGCAAAGAUGCCCUCAAGAUUCCUCAUGAGAAAAUGAACGUUAGAGGUGGUGCUAUCGCACUUGGUCAUCCAUUAGGUGCAACUGGUGCUAGACAGAUUGUCACUGGAUUGAGUGAGUGUAGGAGACAGAAGAAGAAGAUUUUGUUGACUAGUAUGUGUAUUGGUACUGGACAGGGAAUGGCAGGUUUGUUCGUUAAUGAACAAUUGUAA